AUGGCGUUCGAGGAGCUUCUGGUCAGGGCUGGGGGUGUGGGCCUCUUCCAGGUUCUGCAGAUGUGCACCUUGCUCCUCUCUGCCGUCUUGAUACCUUUUCACAUGAUUCUGGAGAAUUUCUCGGCUGCUGUCCCAGACCACCGCUGCUGGACCCCUGUGCUGGACAACAGCUCUGAGGUACCUGCCAAUCUGACCCGCGAGGCCCUCCUGGCCAUCUCCAUCCCACCCGGCCCCGACCUGCAGCCUCACCGGUGCCGCCGCUUCCGCCACCCACAGUGGCAUUUCCUGGACCCCAAUGCCACAGCUGCCAACAGGAGUGAGGCUGCCACAGAGCCUUGUGUGGAUGGUUGGGUCUAUGACCACAGCACCUUCACAGCCACAGUUGUGACCAGGUGGGAUCUGGUGUGCAGCUCCCAGAGCCUGAAGCCCCUGGGCCAGUCUAUCUUCAUGGCUGGAAUCCUGGCAGGAGCCUUUGUCUGGGGCUUUCUCUCCUACAGGCUGGGGCGGAAGCCAAUGCUGAGCUGGUGCUACCUGCAAGUGGCGGUGGCUGGUGCUGGUGCCAUGUUGGCUCCCAGCUUCUCCACCUACUGUGGCCUUCGGUUCCUGAGUGCCUUUGGGCUGGCUGGCACCAUACUGGCCCAGUCUACACUGAUGGCUGAGUGGACCACGACCCGCAGGAGGGCUGUUACCAUGGCGAUCUUGGGCUGCACUUAUAGCACAGGCCAGAUGGCCUUGGCAGGCCUGGCCUAUGCCUUGCGGGACUGGCGAAACCUCCAGCUGGCUGUGUCCAUCCCCUUCUUGGCCACAUUCCUGCUGUCCUGGUGGCUGCCAGAAUCCGCCCGAUGGCUGAUUACUACAGGCCAGCCAGAGAAAGCACUUCAGGAACUCCAGAAGGUAGCCGGGAUAAAUGGCCACAAGGAAGCCAAGGAGACACUGACCAUAGAGGUGCUGAAAUCCUGCAUGGCCGGGGAGGUAACCGAGACUCGGGGAUCUGUGCUGGACCUGUUCCGUGUGCCUAUGCUUGCCCAAAGAACCUGUGUCAUGGUGGUGGUGAACUUCUCCCUAAUGUUGUCCUACUAUGGCCUGGUCCUGGACCUGCAAAGCCUGGGCAGGAACAUCUUCCUCUUGCAGACCCUCUUUGGCGCUGUGGACUUCCUGGGCCGCGCCACAACCGUCCUAUUGCUCAGAUUCCUGGGCCGCCGCGUGACGCUGGUGGGCUCCCUGGCCCUGGCGGGGUCCUGCAUCUUAGGCAAUGUACUGGUGCCACAAGACCUGCAGACCCUGCGUGUAGCCCUGGCUGUCCUGGGGAAAGGGUGUUUCGGGAUCUCUUUGACUUCUCUCGCUGUGUACACGACAGAGCUCUUCCCGACACCGCUGAGGAUGACAGCAGAUGGCUUCCUGCAGUCUGUGGGCCGCCUAGGGGCUAUAGCAGGCCCCUUGAUUAAGAUGACCGGCCAGGUCCUGCCCCUGAUGCCACCACUCACCUAUGGAGCUUUGCCCAUUGCCUCUAGCCUGGUCCUCCUGCUCUCCCUCCCAGAGACCAAGGGAAUUCCACUCCCAGACACUAUCCGGGACUUGGAGGGCAGGUCACCCACAUCCAAAGGUAGCCAGCAAGAGGUGGUCAUUAUGAAAAGCACCUGGUUCUAG